GUAUACACCGAGUUUAAGUAAUGACUGAUUUAAAUGCAGACUGCGAUUGAAAGCGAAUGGAUUCAAAUAUAAGUUAAUAUAAAUGCUUGUAAGUUAAAAAAGUUUCGGUUAAAUUGAACUUUUUAUGUUCGUAAGAAAUUGUCUAAUAUUAAGACGGUUUAUAGACAUUGAUAUCAAACAGAUAUAACAUUCACUUCAUACUGAGGUCUCUUUGAACAUGUCGAUGGACAAACUGCUCAUUCUUAUCCACGUUACAUUCGUUUCUGGUCGUGUGUUUGUGAACACUACAGUCAAUAUAACCGUAUCUUCCAUAGAAUGCCGAUCACUGUCGCCAAAUUUGAAUAUCCAAUUUAAUUUUAAAAACAAAACAUCCAAUUAUAAUCGACUUAUUGCGGAGUGCGAUGUUCCUAAAACCGGAUGUUACUUGGUCGACCAAUCGUUGGGAAAAUUUUAUACAGUGACCUUUACGGGUGAUGGAGGACUGUUAAUAAUAAUACAGGAUACUAACCAGACACGUGGGCAAUACACAUGUUGUGAGACGUUUAACAAGGAGAGCUGUGUGAGCACAGAAAUCGGAGCUCAAACCCAAAUCUCGAGUGAGAUUCAUUCUGACCGAUCUAUUCAUGUUGUUAAUAACUUUAAUGAAGCUGAUAAUCCAAGAGAAACUCGCACAGAGUACAUAUUCCAUACGGACCACUCACAUGUGAACAACGCACAACCAUCAGUUUUAAUCGCGUCAAACGUAACGCCUUGGAUAGCCAUCGUACUCAUUGUCGCCAUUCUAGCAGGAGUAUAUUUAUUUCGUAAGAGGCGGACGACUCUGGCAAAAUGAGGGAGCUCGUUACAGGCCGAUGCAGGGACCAGACAGGCUUUGACGGUCGUAACUCCUGAAAUGACGGUAUUGCAACCGGUAGCUGAAGAAAAGAUGGCGGCCGACACGAAAAUCCUUUCAUCUGUUCAUGUAGGGGUAAAACCACCGGACGAUGAUAAGAAGAUGCAUUAUGACCAGAACUUACAAACGAUAUCUAAGCCUUCUGAUGAGGAAAAUCAUAAGACAUCUAGCAUUAUGGAUGGAAGCUAUGAGGAACCUGAGACAAGCCUUAAGGAGAGAAAUGAGUUGUACGCUUAUGUUAAUAUACAUCAUGAAGAGUCGACUGACGAUUUUAUUCAGGUUGAAGACGGAGAAAUCUCUUCCAGAGAGCAGAUUCCAUUGUUACCAAUGACUUUAUCCGACCGAGCGCGAUCACCUAGAAAUAUCCAUGUUGAGCAGGUAUUUUGUAAAGAUGACACGAAAUUUUUGUACAAUGAGUUUUUUUAAAUGCGUAAAUAAAUCCCAUUGACCAACGUAUUUCAAAAUUAAAUAUUUGAUUCUCAAUGUCAUAUGUGAACAUUAUUAAAAGAAUACAUUUAAUGAGGUAUACCAUAAAACAAAAUAUAAGAUAUUAUAUAGCUAUUAGUACGUAAUUUCAUUGCAUGAGUCAGACGACCACUCUACUCUAUAGAGCUUUAUGAUGCAUCUAUUGUGUGACGACAGUGUUUUUACAUAAUAACAAACAUGAGUAUAAUUCGUCAAAUUUAAAAAAUCAAACUUAAAACAGUAAAAUGUGUAUUCUAAAGGAAUGUGCAUUGCAUUGAUGGCGGUAUGUUUCAACACAUUUUUAUGUAAAAGGAACUUUAGAAACAAUAUUGACUUUGUAUUAAAUAAGCAUUAAAAUAUACAUAGGAAGAUGAACGUAAUUCGAAUAGAUUUUGCCUGCUGCUACGGUCAUUAGAUAUCGAGUUAAAUAGCUAUACUUUAAGCAUAAGCAAACUCUAUUGUUAAAGAUUAUUAGUAAACGAAUCGCUAAUUACAUGGUAUGUAUUCCAUUUGUAAAGGCAACAUGGGAGCUUUGACUCCAGUUGUAAUCCUAUUUCAUUUUGACAUUUAUAAACCAUUUUAACAAUGACAAUCGCAUAUUAUAAAAGUGAUAUCAAAUUGAUUGCAAAGACUGUAUGAGGCACACAUUAUCAGCUCGAACAAACUGUGCCUGUGUACUAGUUUUACGGCUGUAACAUGUUUGUAUUUUGUAUGUGAACAUGACUUAAUGUGGUGAUAUAGGUAAAGGGUGCAUUGCUGUUUAACUUUAAUAAAUAUGUAAAUGUUCUAUUGGUUAAUACUUCAUCACAAGGUACAUGCUGUAGAUUUAUGGUUGCAUAAUCAAUUCAGUGUGUUGUUCAAAUGUACGUUGCAUUUGUAGGAUGAACACAGAGCAAACUUAAGUACUUAGUGUUGAGGUACUUCUAACUGAGGUUUAAAUUAUAAACAUGUGAUACUUUCUUAUCAAUUACUUUACAUAUUGAAUAACUAAAAUAUAAAAAUCUGUAAGUGAUUGAAGGGAAUUAACUCAAAUUGUUGCUUAUUUACUUAAAUAAUAAAACAUUGAGUUAAUUACCUUCAAUCAAUUUCGGAUUGUUAUUUUACUUUAUGUAUAUUUAAAUAUAUUACUUUAUUUUACUUUAUGUAUAUUUAAAUAUAUUACUUAUAUUUACUUUACACAAGUAUACAGAUUUUAUUUACUCAUUCAAAUCCUAUAGUACUUUAUAAUUCAGACUUAUACUCAUCAAAGUAGAGUGUUGUUGCUUUAGUGUUAAAAAUGUUGAUGAAAUGCAUGUAAUGUUUAUAGUUUUCGGGAGUAGUUGUUUAAUUGUGCAUACGUUUGUGAGUACUGUUUUCUUAUACAUGCUGAAUUAAUAAUGUGAGCUUAUAUUGCCAUUAUGUGGCUUAUUAUGUUUUUAUAUCAUAAUAACUUACAUGGUUUGUAAGGUUUUAGAGCUGUAAUAUGACAUUUGAUUUUUGUGCUUUCUUUGCAUAUUUACUAUCGCCAUGGCAUUCUGCAUCCAACAUAAAAGAUCAUGAACCAAAUACCGAAUAAUUCAGGAUUCUCAAACAUUCCAAAUAGCCAACUAUCAAUAUUGUUGGUAGAUUGUUGGUAAAAUACAUAUUUUAACCAUUACAUUACAAAUUUCCUUCUUAUGACCAUAAGAAUUAAUAAAGCAAGACGGAGUUGGUGUAUAUGUAAACAUAAAUGAAUUGCAUAUGCAUGCAUUGUAGUAAAUGUUAAGUAGCACGUGGAAUAAAGAAAAUAAAUGCA